GCCAUUUUGCCAAGCAGUUACGUUUACGUCAACCCGUCAUUCUUUUCUUUCUUUGCAUUCGUCAAUCGAUCGGCUUCAUAGAGUUUAUUUUAUAAUAAAAAGGUAAAAAACCGCAUUUUAAAGAAAAAUUUAUAUAAAUAAUGGUGUCAAGGCAUCGCGACCGUUCUCGAGACCGAGAUAGAGACAGGGAUCGGGAACGUGAUCGUGAUCGCGAUAGGGACAGAGACCGAAGACGCCGCACCAGAUCCAGGGACCGCGAUAGAGAGCGGGACCGAGACCGGGAUCGUGAUCGUGAUCGUCACAGGGACCGGGACAGGGAAAGCAGAAGGUCCAGAGAUCGUUACAGAGAUAGAAGUCGAAGCAGAAGCCGUUCAAGAAAGCGCGAAAGAACUCCAGAGGAAAUUGAUGGGGAAAAACUAAUUCAAGAUACUUUAGCCACUUUGGCGGCAUCUAGAAGUUUUAAUCAAUUUCUACAAGCUCAGGGCGAGAAUUCCAAUCAUUCCACUGGAAGUCAAGACAAUGAUGAAGCAAAUGAGAGAAGAAGAAAGCGACGGUCGAGGUGGGGUGGAAGUGAACAUGAGAAGAUUUUUAUUCCUGGCAUGCCAACUAUUUUACCACCAAAUUUGGAUAAGGACCAGGAGGCUGCUUACUUAUUGCAACUACAGAUUGAAGAAGUCAGCAGGAAACUACGCUCAGGAGAUCUGGGAAUUCCUCCUAAUCCUGAAGAAAGAUCACCUAGUCCCGAACCUAUCUAUAGCAGUGAUGGCAAAAGGCUGAACACUAGGGAAUUUAGGACAAGAAAGAGGCUAGAAGAAGAAAGGCACAAUUUAGUCCUUAAAAUGCAAUCUAUAAAUCCAGAAUUUAAGCCUCCUGCGGAUUAUAAACCUCCAGUAAUAAGGGUCAGUGACAAAGUUAUGAUUCCACAAGAAGAACACCCUGAAAUUAACUUUGUUGGGCUGUUAAUAGGACCUAGGGGAAACACAUUAAAAACAAUGGAAAAAGAUACUGGAGCCAAAAUUAUUAUAAGAGGAAAGGGAAGCGUAAAAGAAGGCAAAGUGGGCCGAAAAGAUGGACAGCCCUUGCCAGGUGAAGAUGAGCCUCUACAUGCUUACAUUACUGCUACCAAUCCUGAAUGCGUCAAGAAGGCUGUAGAGAGGAUAAAGGAAGUUAUUAGACAAGGCGUUGAAGUACCAGAAAACCAAAAUGAUCUUAGGAGAAUGCAGUUAAGAGAAUUGGCUCAGCUGAAUGGUACUUUGCGAGAAAAUGAUGGACUGAGAUGUAGUAAUUGUGGGGCUACUGAUCACAAAUCUUGGUUGUGUCCAGACAAACCAAAUGUGACCAACAAUAUAGUAUGUUCAAGUUGUGGGGCUGCUGGACAUAUUGCCAAAGAUUGCAGAUCAAAACGUCCUGGAUUAGGUGGACCGCCGGAUGCUGAAGAAACUGCAAAAAUUGACGAAGAGUACAUGUCGUUAAUGGCAGAAUUGGGAGAAGGACCCCCUCCGGUACCACCAGGAAGUGAAGCAGGCGGAUUUAAGCGUACAACGCCGUCCUUCAAUCUGUUUCAAGCGCAGUCUGCGCCAAGGCCUUUAAUGGCACCACCGGGCACCCAACCGAUGGCGCCACCGUGGGGUACACCUUGGGGACCCGCACCCAUACCGCCUGGAAUACCCCCUCCACCUCCGCCACCAGGUGCUGUAGGCACGACUCCGCCGCCACUUAUGUCGACUUGGGCCGCCCAACCUCCACCUCCUGGUGCUACUAGCAUCCCAGCAUGGCCACCUGUCGCUCCACCGCCAUAUUGGCCUACUGGCGCUGCCGGUUCCAUACCUCCACCGCCCCCUGGUUUAGAUGUCACCAGUUUACUUACUGCACCGCCGCCUCCACCGCCAUCUAGCUAGAAUACUUAUGGUUUCAGAGAAACACACUGGACUUUGUUCCUGCACCCAUCUAAGUAUAGUUUUCAAAGUAAAGGCUUGAGAAAGUUUUAUUUAAUUUAAUUGCGUAUUGUGGCUUGUAGUUUAGAAAAGAGUAUAUGUAGUAAAAGUUUUUAUAAAAAUGA